AUGUCAAUUGAAGAUUUAAAAAAUACCGUUACCAAGUUACAAGAAAGAAUCCAAGAAUUGGAAAAAAAAGCUGGUAUUAUUCCUGAUGUACCAAAAUCAGUUCGUAUGGUUUUGAUCGGUCCUCCAGGUGCCGGGAAAGGUACCCAAGCCCCAAAUUUGAAGGAAAAAUUCUGUGCUUGUCAUUUGGCCACUGGUGAUAUGUUAAGAGCUCAAGUUGCUGCCAAGACCGCUUUGGGAGUUGAAGCAAAGAAGAUUAUGGAUCAAGGUGGUUUAGUAUCUGAUGAAAUCAUGAUCAACAUGAUCAAAUCAGAAUUGGAAAACAACCAAGAAUGUUCUAAAGGGUUUAUUUUAGAUGGGUUCCCAAGAACCAUCCCUCAAGCUGAAAAAUUGGAUUCAAUGUUGGAAGCCAGAAAGACUCCAUUGGAAAAAGCAGUUGAAUUGAAAAUCGAUGAUGAUUUAUUGGUUGCUAGAAUCACCGGUAGAUUGGUUCACCCAGCUUCUGGUAGAUCUUAUCAUAAGCUUUUCAACCCACCAAAGAAAGACAUGACUGAUGAUGUCACUGGUGAACCAUUGGUUCAAAGAUCCGAUGACAACGAAGGUGCUUUAAAGAAGAGAUUAGUCACCUACCACAAACAAACUGAACCAAUUGUCGAAUACUACCAAAAGACUGGUAUUUGGAGUGGCGUUGAUGCUUCUCAAAAACCAGCUAAAGUUUGGUCUGAUAUUUUGAAGUGUUUAGGUCAAAACUAA